AAGAAAAACCAACCCCAAAACAAACAAAAAAAACCACCCCCACGAUUAUCGGUCAUCCUGCUACGCGUGUAGGGCUUUAAAUGAGCUCCCCAGCUGGUGAAUGAGGAGAGUACUCCGCUGCCUCCAUGAGACGGAUGUGAUCUUCAUGGUGAGCUGGUGGGAGAACUGAGUUGUAAAUCACCCCAAUGGAUGCGGACAGUGAUGUUGCAUUGGACAUUUUGAUCACCAAUGUAGUGUGUGUUUUUAGAACAAGAUGUCAUUUAAACUUGAGGAAGAUCGCGUUAGAGGGAGCAAAUGUUAUAUACAAGCGAGACGUCGGGAAAGUAUUAAUGAAGCUUAGGAAACCUAGGAUUACGGCCACAAUUUGGUCCUCAGGAAAAGUUAUUUGCACAGGAGCCACAAGUGAAGAAGAAGCUAAAUUUGGUGCCAGACGAUUAGCUCGUAGUCUACAGAAACUAGGUUUUCAGGUAAUUUUCACAGAUUUUAAAGUUGUGAAUGUUUUAGCAGUGUGCAACAUGCCCUUUGAGAUCAGAUUGCCAGAAUUUACGAAGAAUAACAGACCUCAUGCGAGUUAUGAACCAGAACUUCAUCCUGCCGUGUGUUACAGAAUAAAAACUCUCAGAGCUACCUUACAGAUUUUUUCCACAGGCAGUAUCACAGUUACAGGGCCAAACGUAAAGGCUGUUGCCAGUGCCGUGGAGCAGAUUUACCCAUUCGUGUUUGAAAGCAGGAAAUAAAUUUUCUAAUUCACCACUUGAUGGUUAGGAUCCCUAACCGAGCACCUUUAAAGACUGCUGCACAUUGGACUAAAAAAAGGCAAAAAAACAAACAAAACAAAAAAAAAGGAAAACUGGACCAACCAUAGCAGAGGAAUACAGACUGUUUUACUUGCUCGUGGCCACAGUAUAAACUCCAGUUCUUUGGGAUUUUACUCUUAACAGUGCUGUAUUGUAAAAAAAAAAAAAAAAAAAACGGAAGUUUAAAAGAUAUGAAAUUGCUGCUUUUAAAAAGACAUUCUAUUUAUUUUUGCAGUAAUUUCUGUGUAUUCAUAAGCAAAGCUGUCACGAUGUGCACUACCUUUAAAACGUUUUAUUUUGGGUUUUGUUUUUUUUAGUUUGAGCUUGUGUUUUAUUUGUGAAUAGUCUUUUACAUUUUUGUAUGCUGAAUAUUGGGCACCAAAGAAGCUGUAAAAGUUAUCUUUUUUCACCUGAUGAAUGUGCACAAAUAAAAGUUUGGGAAAAAUAUUUCUCUUCA